GUUCCGCGAAGUUUAUUACUUACAACCGAUCGUUAAUGCGGUGCACGAUAAAAUCGUGUUUCUUUGCAGGGGUUUGCCAUUUGUACAACUACGACUUAUUCUACGUGUGCGCUUCCUUGGAGACAUUGCGCUUGAAAUUAAAGGGAACCUAAUUCAAUGAUGUCUGGAAACAUUUCAUGUCCAAGCGAAUUCAUUGAUCAGUUCCGCAACCAGGUUUACUCCACCAUCUACUCCAUCAUCACAGUGUUUGGCCUGGUGGGUAAUGGAUUUGCCCUCAUUGUGAUGAUCCGGACCUUCCGCCAGCGUUCGGCCUUCCACAUCUACAUGCUGAACCUUGCUGUGGCUGACCUGCUGUGCGUCUGCACGCUGCCCAUGCGCGUGUUUUACUACAUCAACAAAGGCAACUGGAUCCUGGGUGACUUCCUGUGCCGAGUCAGCUCUUACGCACUCUACGUUAACCUCUACUGCAGUGUCUUCUUCAUGACAGCCAUGAGCUGCACCCGUUUCAUCGCCAUCGUCUUCCCCGUCCAGAACCUCAGGCUGGUCAAUGAGCGCAAGGCCUGCAUCAUAUGCACCUGCAUCUGGGUGUUCAUCUGUGCCACCAGCUCUCCUUUCCUCAUGUCCGGUCAGCAUCUGGACAAUGUCACCAAUAAGACCAAGUGCUUUGAACCACCUACAAAACAACAGGGCAAGAGCAAGCUCAAUGUGCUAAACUACUUCUCACUGGUGGUGGGGUUCAUUUUGCCCUUCUUCAUCAUCUUGGUCUGCUAUGCCGGAAUCAUCCGCACCCUGCUAAUGGGUUCGAACAGCGCAAACAAGAAGAAGGCCACGCGCACCAAGGCCAUACGUAUGAUCGUCAUUGUCCUGCUGGUCUUCCUGGUCAGCUUCAUGCCCUACCACAUCCAGCGCACAAUCCACCUGCAUCUGCUGAACCGCCGUGAUGUCACCUGUGAUGAACAACUCUACAUGCAGAAGUCAGUGGUUGUCACGCUGUGCCUAGCAGCUUCUAACUCCUGCUUUGACCCCCUGCUGUACUUCUUCUCGGGGGAGAACUUCCGCAACCGCAUGUCCACCUUGCGGAAGGCGUCCACCAGCUCCAACGCUCAGCUUCGCCAUAGCCAGAGGGCCGUUCCCCAGAACGUAGAGGCAGAUAAACUGAAAGGCUGCAACGGCCCGCAGGACAGCCAGAUCACCACUGGCUUAUUCACUGCCCCCCAAGAGUGAAUUUUGUCCAUAUAGGAUUAGGGGUUAGGGGCCUUGGGAUUAGGGGCCUUGGGGUGGCUAUUUUAACCCUUGUGUUGUCUUAAGGGUCAAAAAUGGGGUUUAGUGAAGGCGGGUGAUUUUUUACCCUUAGGACAAGAGGAGUAUACAGAAUGUUAAGACUACUCUAAGGGUGAAAAGUUUAAGGGUAUGGUGAGGUAUUUUUUAAAGUAUCUCUUCUCAAUGUUUUUCCUCCUAAAAUGACAGAGACUGUGGCUUAUUGUUGAGUGUAUUCUUGUUGGCGGAAAGGGUGUGUCGCUGAUUUUUAAGAAUUAUAUCAGGGUGUAGUACUCAGGACUGAGGUGGGGUGGAGUGGUUUCGAUUAGAUAACCUGAUCAUAUCACCAGUGAUCAGUAAAACUGCCUGACACUGGCUUGCGAUCACAAGAGUUCAUAACUACUAGCUAUUCACUCAAGCGAGAUACAAAUAAUCAAUAAAUAAAUAAAAAGUAUUACUUUUGUUGGCUGAUACUUUAGCAUGUGUAUAAUCUGGACAAGUUUAAGAACAUUCAUGACUGUAUAACUGUUAUACUAUUUGUUUAAUGACACAAAUAAGCAUGUAACACUCAAAAUAUUUUGGAAAUAAACAUCUUGCUUUACUGCGUGUUAUAUUUUCACAUUCCUUCGACACUUAUGUGCACAAUCUAAGUAUUUCAUUGGCUUAAAGGUCCAAAAAUGUGGUCCAUCAAAAAGGCAUAAACUGACUUGAUUGAAAAGAAACCCCAUUAACAUGAGUCUGCACAAUGUAUUCUGCACUAAGAUUGACAGAAAAAGGGGGUUGUCUGAAAAUACCUGUGCAAUUCAAAGCACAAUUAUUUCAUGAUUGGCUUAUGGUUCUGUUUGUGUCUUUUGCUAAUAAACUUCUUGACGGUUUUAUAGCACUUCCUCUUUGCAGACUUGUCAGAUAAGAUAUUGGAAAUAACCUUAUCUGAUAUACAAUCUAUGUUGAGUUUCAAAAAGUAAAAAGUAAUAUUUUCAUACUGCCAUUAACUUUAGCAUUUGGUUGCAUUAAGCUUUUAACCAAUAUGUGAAAAUGCUGUUGAUAAACUAUUAGAAAUGUUGCAUCAAAACAUUACACAAGUGUGCAAAAUGUGGUCAUCUUGCAUGUAUUAUUCAAUGUAAUUUGUAUUGUGAGUACACAACUUUGGCUGCAGGGUUAAAGUGAUGCUGUGAACAUGUAAAUUGUAACUGAAUAAAGAUGUUAUUCUUCAAGUUG